UAAUUAUCUUAUCUUUACUUUAUUGGAUAUUAUCCUUAAAGCGUGAUGCAGAAACGGCGGAAACAAGUAAAAGCUUUGAACUUUUGAGAGAUGCAGCUAAAAAUGCAGUUGAUCAGUAUAAAGCUGAACGUAAACAACAAGCUGAGAACUUUGCUAAACUCAUUGAGAGCUUGAACAAUGAUUUUAUAAAAGUACCCCAAACUCCAAUUAGAUCUAUGAAAGAAAAACAAGAAAUGUAUGACAUUAAUAAUAUACAGAAAUGUGAGGAAAGCUUUAAAUUAAGUUGCAGUCCCCAUAAAGAUACGCAAUGUGUUAAAACGAUCAAAGUUUCGGAUAUCGAAUCUUUUGAUGUGUUAUGUGACAAUGGAUGGACAGUCAUCCAACAAAGGAUUAAUGGAAGCCUGGAUUUUGGUCAGAAUUGGGACAGUUACAGUGAAGGUUUUGGCCGCUUCGAUAGUGAUUUCUUCCUAGGUCUGAAAAAGAUCCAUUGGCUUACAAAAAAGGAGCCCCACGAGCUCUACAUCUACUUGGAAUCCUUAAAUGGGACCAAAACUUGGGCUCAGUAUGAUAACUUCGAGAUUACUGAUGAAUAUAAUGGAUACAGGUUGAUAAACUUGGGUGUCUUUUCUGAAAAUGGCACCAGCAAUGCUCUGAUGUUUCAUGAAAAUCAGAAGUUCACUACUUAUGAUCGGGAUAACGAUAUCAUGCCUGGGAAUUGUGCGAAGAUUUAUAAGGGUGGCUGGUGGUAUAAGAAUUGUAUGACUAUUAAUUUGAAUGCCGAAUACGUUAACAACUAUGGAAAAAACGUCAUUCAGAUAUAUUGGGAUGAUCAAAUGCUCGUUAAACAAGAGAAAAUGUUGAUACGUCCAAAUCUGUAAUGAUUCUGCAAACAAAAUUUAUAAAAUAAUAUUUAUUCGGGGAAGAAAUAUGUAUGGCUCAAGGUGCAGAGGAAAAACUACUAUCAAAAUAUUUCUAUGUUAAGAAAUCAUUUAAAUCGAAAAUUGAAAGAGUUUUAAAGCUGUUUUUUCGAAUGUCGCGUUGCAGUUCUGAUAAUAUCAACUGAUGUCAAAAAGAUUUAGAGUUAAUCUUCUAUAUAAGGAAAUGGAUAGUUUCAAAUAAAAUUAUUCUAAAAAUCAAUUUUAAGUAACUUUACAGAACCACAAAAAUGAAAAUAUUGUUGAGAAAAAUCGGGCUUCAUUUAAGAAUUUUAAACUGAGUUUAUGAGAAGCCUGAAUUACCGUACUUUUGACACCGCAUUGGAUUAAUUUUAGGCCGGAAUCCCAGAUUUGUUUUAAGCUUUUGAAGUAGAAAAAUUAUGGUUUUUGGAAGGUGUUUUACGUUUUUCGAACAUUAAAAUUCUGUGAAAAUUCUAUUUACAUAAUUAAUAUGUCUUAAUUUAAAUGAUGACUAAAUAAAAUUGAAGAUCACAGUGCA